ACGGACACAGUGUUCACCAGCUCGCCGGCAGCUUCAGCUCGCUGCUCGCACACACUCAUAUAGCCAGCUCAGAAAAUGGCGAGCAUCGAGGUGUCCAAGCCGUCGAAGCGUCUGUCCCCCAAGCGCAGCGGCAGCUUCAAGCUGAGCCUGCCCGGCCUGUUCUGCGGCCAGUGCAAGGCCACGUCGGUCUCGUCCCCGCCCGACUCCCCCACGGGCGCCGGCGCGCGGUCGCUGUCGUCGUCGUCCGCGUCCGCGUCGGCGUCGUCCUCGGGCACGUCCCGCGGGCGCGACCGCACGGCGGAGCUCCGCGAGAUCUUCCGCCACUUCGACCGCGACAUGGACGGCCGCAUCUCCGGGCGCGAGCUGCGCGAGUUCUUCGCGUCCAUGGGCGACGGCGGCCUGGCGCUGGGGCAGGGGCUGGCGCUCGGCGGGCUGGAGGACGGCGGCGGCGGGGACCUGAUGCUGGGGUUCGACGACUUCGUGCGCAUCGUGGAGAGCAAGGGCGGGGAGGAGGAGGAGCGCGAGGACCUGCGCCGCGCCUUCGAGGCGUUCGAGGCCGUCAAGGGGUCCGGCCGGAUCACGCCGCGCGGCCUGCAGCGUGUGCUCAGCCAGCUGGGCGACGAGCCGUCCGUGGCCGAGUGCGAGGCCAUGAUCCGCGCCUACGACGACGACGGCGACGGCGAGCUCGACUUCCACGACUUCCACCGCAUGAUGAGCCAGGACUAGGACCAUCUUUUUUUUCUGUUGGGUUCGCCUUUGCCCUUUGAUCGAUUCGUGUACCUGUGUAAACCGUUCACUUUGGGACGUGCUGCCUGCGUGUGACUCGAGAGUCUGGUCGUGUGUUGAGUGGUCUGGAGGUUGUCGUGUACUGCGUGCAAAUUACUAUUGUUAACGUCUCGGCUUUGCCAGCAGUGCAGUGUUACCUGGA